CGUACCAAACAAACAACAAUUCAGACCUCCGAACCCUCAUGUGUUGAAUAUGCCCGCUGAAAUGGAGCUCGAUCCCGACAAUGUGUCAGCUAAAUCAUCGCCAUCUGCUCGGGUUGUAAUCCCCGGAGAUCCCGUGCCCGAGAUUCCGCCCUCAGAUGUCGUUAUCCUGGGACCUGGUCUUCGGCGAGAGGGACCCCACGCCAUUGUGACCCGUCCGGGCGUGCUUAGACACAAGCCCUUGCCAUCCUCGGCCGAGAAAUUGGCUCCCAAGGCCAUCUACUGGGUCGACACGCACGCUAAACGCUAUGUUGCCGCCCGUGGUGAGCACGUUAUCGGCGUGAUCUUGGCCAAGGCCGGCGACACGUUCCGGGUGGAUAUUGGCACAUCUGAACCCGCAUCCUUGUCCUUUAUGGCCUUUGAAGGGGCGACCAAGAAGAAUCGGCCCAAUGCGUUACCGGGAGAUGUAGUGUAUGCCAAGUUGUUGGUGGCCUCCCGAGAUAUGGAGCCCGAAUUGGUGUGUGUGGAUGCGUACGGGAAAAAAGCGGGCAUGGGCGUGCUCUCAGGGGGCGGGUUUGUGUUCACGACCCCAUUGCACGUGAUUCGGAAACUCUUGUCACCCGACUGUGUGCUACUAAAGACAUUAGGCGAUUCCAUCCCGUUUGAAAUUGCCGUGGGUAUGAAUGGGCGGAUUUGGGUCAGAUGUAAGUCCGUGAAGGAGACCAUCAGUUUGGCCAAUGCCAUCUCCGUGGCCGAGUACAUGAAUAAUGACGAGAUUAAGGCCAUGUCGGCCAAGUUGGUGAAUGCCUUGGCUGGAUUUUAAGGCGAUUUCUGUAAGGUGUAUGUACGUCAUCAUGAUAAUUGUCCCAGCGUCCUUUUUGCGGCUGGAGGGCCAAGGCCUGAAUAUUUCAUGUCCCUCAUUCACCAAAUGGCCUUUUGUCACCCAAGUUGCGCAUGACUAAUUGUGCGUCUGAAACUAAAAUGUUGGAAAAAAUGUUAUUCCCUUGGGUCCCCUCAGACAAAAAGAGAUGUGUUCAUUGUCAAGCAAGAAAAGAAAUGAUACACCCACCGUUGAGCUCUGCUUGAAGUAGAAAACCAUGGCUUGUCAUGGUGGUGAAAUAAGGGCCCCCAAAUGAUAAAUGAAUCGAAUAAAGAAAAGGCUUUCCGUGUAAGUUGAUAACAAUUGUCGCAAGCGAGGUUGAAACGAGGCUUCAUGUUUGCUUCCGGAGUCUGUUGGACCUCGAUUUGGUAGGGGAAACGAGCUCGACUUAACUCAGGACAAAGACAUCCAUUCGUGAAUUCCUUUUGGAUCCACAAGGCUGAAAGAAAUCACCAAUUGUCAAAUCCAUGUCGUUUUAUGCACUAAAAGGAAGGUCCAUUAGCUCAAUGUCUCUUUUCAAGACCAAGACCCUCUUAAACGACCACUACUAGUCGAUCAUUUCGAGCCUCUCGGCCUUCGUGAAAGAACGCAAAAUGGCCACUGACCGUGGCUUUUAGCUCUUGAACCCAGAAGAGGCAAAGACGGAGUUGACGAUGAUGAUGAUGAAAAUGGCCCAAAGUAAGGUUUGAAAGGAUCCUAGGAUCCAAUACUCUUUGUGUUUCGAAUAGAUGGGAUGGAUCACUGGAUUUUUCUAGUCUGACGCUUCAGGGGGUACCCUUUUUGUGACGGGCUCGACGAGCACAUGACUUAUCUCUAUAAAGUUAAAUGGACCACGACACGUUCCACUCGUGAAGUUGGAACAAAAAAGGGUUUGAUUUAGGACAUGGAUGCAAAAUAGCUGCCAUUAGAGGACCUAAGGCCCAUUGAUGUUCGCUGAUCGUGAAGUAUUUGAGACUUUGAUAAAAACGCGGAAUUUUACCCCUCCAUUGGGCCCUUAGAAUGGACAGUUAGAAAGGAAGUAGUGCAUCUAGCGCGGAGUCAAAACAUUCUCGGGACGCGUUUUUCGUAUAUUGCGCAGAUUUCCGAUCUCCUUUGUUGGAGAUUCACGGAGCAUUAUCCGUUGAGAUCAAAAUCAUCCAGGGUAUUCCAUAUGCCCGGGGCUCUCCUCUCAUCCUAAGACGGGAUUCGUAAGUGCACUUUUAUACUGGGCCCACUUUUUAAAAGGGAUUCCUCAUUGGGCCGAAGUACGCAAGUCUACCCAUAGCCUCAGGACGAGGCCUCGGGAUUAUGUUAAUACGCUCGAAAAUUGAGGAUUUUUAACAUGUGCUUCUAUCACCAAUUUCGAGACCACCUCGUAUAUUUUUUUAAAGCUCGAGACGUUCCGAGGUCCACUUCUUAUUAGAUAUCUAAAAUUCAAGUUCGGAAGGUCCUCUUUUGUCGAACCGGAUCUUCUAACUCUGUGCAACGAAUAGAUCCGUUGAAACCUACACACUGAUGAGGUCUCUCAUUUUAUAACAAGUAGUGUUACAGGUGAAUUUGUAUUGUAUUCUUGUAUGUAUGACUUUCAUGCGUAUCUUUCCCUUUCGUUUUGACCGUUUCUUCACGGAUUGGACUCUCAAAGGUUUGUACCUAACAAAAGCUAAGAAUAGAUCUCGAAGGAACAUCUUUGCUAAUGUCUACGCGCAUUCACAAAGAAAAUGAGAGUAGGGCACAACAGAGAGUGAAAACCAGCCAAGCUCUGGGGAUUGCUCAAAGGCGCUCUAUAUGAAGUGCUGCAUAGGGAGGCAGAUCUAAAUCAUGCGAUUAUUGUGGGUUUCUUUCAGAACCAUGCUUUGCGUAGGAAAUUGUGAUUGCCAAAAGAAAAUCGGACCGAAUAUCUGAAAUUCCCUUGUGACGAUGAAUAUAUAUUCUUAGGCUAUGAUGAGUAUGCUUUCGGGUUUCAAAACAGAUCUUCUAAGCCCUCCAAAGAUUCGAAUAGAUUGGUUAAUUACCCAAAUAUCCUUGAAAUUGAGGGCCAUAUAAAAUUUCAUAGUGCCAAAUAUUCUGGGUAGCGUCAAAGGAAAAAUCACGGAAUAUGUACCAAAAACGAAAUAAAUAUUUUUGUUUUUUCACUUCCUCGACCAGUUAUUGAUUUGUCAAAGAUACUUUCAUGAAGUGUGCCUUAGUUUUACUUCAAGUUUGGCCAGUUUUAAUUCAAAUCAGCAAAAAGAAUAUACAUCAUUUCAUUCAUUGUUUUCGCUGCAUGAUUCCAUGUAGCUGAAUACUUAAUAAGAGUUUAAACGUUUUCUUUUUAAGCCAAAAUCGAACGAAAAAAUAUUUGGAAGCGCCCGCCCGACUACAAAAUCGAGUGUCUCCCUUGCCAUGGAAAAUAGUGAGUGCUUGUCGCCCAUACUGUGCACACUUGGUCCAAAAAGAGUGCAUAGUUCGGUCCGCUAUGCACAUGGUUCGCGGGGGCGGAGAUCAAGCGCCUUGCUUGAGACGCAAGGCCAGAGCCAAGGUACCAGACCUCUCCAAGCAACGCACACAAGUAUAGUAUUGUACCACGGUAGUUGUUCCAGAAGUUGGACAAGGAGGCUGUCUUCGUUCGUUUCCCUCACUCGGUCCGUCUUCUUCUCUCUCACGGGCUCUUGGAAUGUUCCUUCCCAGGGACCUGAGCUAACGGCUCGUACUAAUGAAAAGACCUCUCGAAAGGCUAUCCAGACAGGGAAAACGAACUUUUGGCCCUUGGGCCUCCCAGGCUCUCCAAGAGGGAACAUGGAGCCACCUAAUUCCUGGGUGUAUCCGAAAAUACAACCCUCUACUAUGUACAUAUGUCUAGGGAUCUUUGCUGAGUUGUGAUCGUCAUCGCCACAGCCAACAAGUUCUAAAUCCCUUUUCAACGAAUGUUGACCCAGUGAGAGGACGAGACCCUUGCUCAAGGAGAACUGAAAUUUAGAAGCCUCUUCGAUGUUCGUUUCAUUUCUUCUCCGAGUUCCAUCACCCAACUAUUUGGUACCAAGAGGCCAUCCAGAUUCUCGUCCCCGAGCUCUCGUCCCCGGUUUCUCUCUGUCCCUUUUCUUCGCGUUCUUUCCCUCGCCCUUCUCUGUUAUGUACUACAAUCGGCCUCUGCUUGGUUCAAAGGGAACCCAAUCUUUCGCUCGUGUUCGUUCGUUCGUUAGUUCCUCCGUUCCGUUCCCUUUUCCAUUCCACUGCCUACAACACAUUUUGGCCCGGGGAACUGUUGGUAUAAGUGCCACUCGGGAACGAACAGAGCCCAUGUGAGGACUCUUGCAUACAAUCGUCCUCUUGGAAAACAAUCCAACCAUCAUUCAUUGCCUUUGUCUGAUCAUCACGACGGAUCCAUUUCACCCGAGACCACGAAUUUUUCGCCGCAAUCCCAAUCGUUAAGCCGGAGAGGUAACCUCGCAGCCAACCACACUAAUCUGUUUCUAACACACUCGAAAUCUUGUCCGUGUGAAGAGGAGCGUUUCUUGCCCGCCCAUUAGUGAUACCUGCCCCAUCAUCCCAUCACCAAACACCGACAAGAAUUGAGCUGACCAGUGGUGGAGAUUGAAAUUUCAGGUUAUCCGUAUGCAUAGCUGCCACAGCAUGUCCGCAAUUGUGCUUUUCAAUCAGCAAAAGAUCCGCGAUCGCCACAAGAGAGAGGCGCUCAUUGAGGCCUUCCGCAAGGCCGACAAGAAUGGAGACGGCCGCCUCACGGUCGAUGACGUCUACGGGAUCUACAUGAGCCACGGGGUCGACGUCACAAGAGAAGAGGUGCAAAAGAUUGUCGAGGCCGCCGACAAGGAUGGAACCGGCCUGCUCACCGAGAAGGAGUUCGUGGACAGUCAGAAGACCGGAGAAGGUGUGACGGUAAGUUGAGACCAAGUGUUCCUCAAGUGAUCCCUUUGGGAAUCAGUUGCCUCCAUUUCUUUGACUUUCAAUUUCCUUGGGGUGAUGGAAGACCCCAAAAGUCAAGAUGAUCGUCAGCAGCCAAAGGAUGCGGGUAAACAGGCAGAGCUGGCCUUCAAGCUCUACGAUAAGGACAAGGAUGGAUACAUCACCAAGUCGGAGAUGGAGAAGUUGUCCAAGAACCUUUCCAAAGAGCAAAUCGAGAAGGUCUUUGCCCGCUUCGACGCCGAUGGGGACGGUCGAUUGAGCUAUGCAGAGUUCCGAAAGAUGAUGAAUAAAUGAACAAGGUCAAAACAUGGGAUGAACGAGAUCUAAGACGCCAAAUUUCUUCUGGUUUUCCAAUUUGGGUGCUUGGGUUCUACGCCCGUUUGCUUUCCAACUCAUUUUCUGACAAUCAUGCAAAAUGGAAAAAAGAUUACAAUCAAGGUUAACCCCAAUUUCAACUCUUGAGGUGCCAUAGAAUUCAAGUCCCCUCCAAAACUGUACGCCCAUAAUUCAAUUAUGAUCUCAAUCUCUCUCUCUCUGUUUGAGCAUCCCAUCACAAUGUUUUUUAGUGCUCUUAAUCUUAGCCAUGUACGGAAUGAAACGAAAAACUUAUUAAAUCCAUUCUUUCUUGUAAAUUAGCUCGUUGUUUCAUAUACAACCCAAUCAUGUUGUGAAUAUGUGUCAAAUUCGGAAUGAAUGGUGGACUGAGUUCAAUUGCAUUACUAGAACUGAGAAGCAAAGAAAACCUUCUCAUUCCUAUAUUAUACGAAUCCCAUCCCAAUGCGUAUUACUGGUUACUUUUUAGAUUUCAAUCUCGUAAGAAUUAUCUUUGCAAUAAAAAAAUGCAAAUCCGCCAAA